AAGUCUAAUGCCACAGGGCAUUCUAUGGGAGUGAAUCACAGUGUCAACAUCACAGCUAGUUCCUGUAUAAAUACCUAGCGGCAGACAGACCCACUGCGCUUCAUCCGCUCUGAAGAGGCACGAUCUACAGGGAGUCUCUUGGCAUCUGAGAAACAGUGAUGAUGGCAGUCUUCGGGUCACUGGUGGGCCUUGUUCUGCUUCUGACAUCUACUGAGAGUUUGCUGCCUCCAUCCAAGGAAGAUCUCAGUCAGAUUUCUCUGCUGGGGGAGAAAUACAUUGACAAGCAGAUCGAAAAUGCUAUCAACGGGGUGAAAGAAAUGAAGACUUUGAUGGAGAAGUCUGGAGAGGACCAUAAGAGAUUCCUGAGUGCCCUGGAGAAAACUAAACAGCAAAAAGAGGAUGCACUGAAGGCUGCUCAGGAGAAGGAGAAGACACUCAGCGAGGAGCAGGAGGUGUGUAACGGUACCAUGCUGUCUCUGUGGGAAGAGUGCAAGCCCUGCCUGAAGAAUACCUGCAUCAAGUACUACUCCAAGACCUGCAGCAGUGGUGCUGCACUGGUCGGCCGACAGCUGGAAGAGGUUCUGAACAGGACUUCUCCCUUUUCCAUCUGGAUCAACGGGGAGAAAAUGGAGGUCCUUGAGCGGGAGGACCAAGAGCAGAGCCAGAGGUUCCAGAACCUGGAGGAGCACUACUCUGACGUGGUCGAUGUUGUGGACAGCAUGUUCUUGGACAGCAUGAAGGUGUUUGACCGGAUGCGCUCCCUCAGCCCUCCCGUGAUCUUCAGCCCCUUCCGCAUGCCAGGCUUCUGGGGUCAAAGUGAGAGGGCAGAGGCUGGCCAGCUGCACUCCCGUAUAGUCCGGUCACCCCUGCAGGACCCACACUUCCACGGUUUCCAUGACAUGUUUGUUCCCAUGAUGGACAUGGCCCGGAAUAUCUUUGGCUCCAUGGGGCCUGUCAUGAAUGGAGACGAUAACUUUGACAUAAACCCAUCAGAAGAUGGGAGUGUGAAUGAGGAUGUUGUUGUGACAAAGCCUUCUGGUAUGACCUGCAGAGAGAUACGCCGCAAUUCUGCAGGCUGCAUUAAAUUGCGUGGCGAAUGUGAAAAAUGUGUCGCAAUUCAGAAUAUUGACUGCUCGGGAAAGAAGCCUCUAUCUGGUCCUCUGAAGAAGGAGCUGGAGCAGGCCCUGGCCAUGGCUGAAAGGUUCACCGAGGAGUACACUACGCAGCUGAGGAGGUUCGAGGAGCAGAUGGCAAACACCUCCAGCCUUCUAGACCUAUUCAGUAAGCAGUUCGGCUGGGUGUCUGCCCUGGCGAACAACACUGACACCAAGGAUGGAAUCUUCCAGAUCAAAACGGUCAUAUCCAGGGACACACAAGACCCUGAGAAUCCAGGGGACACCAAUGUGUCUGUUCAGCUGUUCGACAACCCACCCAUGACCUUCAGCGUGCCUGGAGACAUCCCCUGGAAUGACCCCAAAUUCUCAGAAGUGGUGGCACAGGAGGCCCUGGACCGCUACAAAGAGACCACUGUAGUGGUGAAGUAGUCAUCGGAGGUCACGCCAUCAUGCAUCGCUAGUCAAAGCAAAAUGUCCAGGAUGUCAACUGUAAGAGACCAGAAGAGAAACCUAUAUCAUCAUCAUUGUUGAUUCCCACUGAAUUAUUUUAUAUGUUCUGUGAGUUUAUCCUGCUGUAAAAACCUAACUAUAAAUGACGCACCAAGUCCUUGUCUUGAGAAGAAAUAUAAUACUGUUAGAGAAAACCUGCUCACCGCUCAUGGUUCCUUUUAUAUUCAGUGCUAUUCUGCACAGCAACUUACUACUUAGCAAUACAGAAAAAUAAAUGACAUGAUUAAAAACUA